CCAGGCAAGUUCUCUGUUUUCUCUUCAUUGGGCUUGACUUUUUGCUUAUGUUAUUCUUCGGUUUAGCUUAUGCAGUUAUGCCUUGUACUCUCUCCAUCCCAAAUUAAUCAACACACUUUCCUUUUUUUGUUGUCCCAAAUAUAUUUACACUUUUUUACUUUCCUAAUAAAGUAAAGAAUAUGUGGUCCACAUUUUUUCUGUUUCUUAACAAAUUUCAACCACAACUUUUUUACAUUUCAACACUUUUCUUAAACAACGUGAAGUCAAAUUGUCCAAUUGAAACCAUGAUGGAAGAACUGAGGGAGUAAUUUACUAUCCUAUUGGUAUGUUCCUGGCCUAAGAAAGUAAUUUCUAAAUUUCUUCGGGGUAAAUGUUUUUCAUCAACAGCCUGAUUAGGUCUGACUCGAUACCGCUUUUGUAUUGUGUCUUCACAUAGCCUAUAUAGUUUGUAUUGCAUGUAUUUUGAUACCUUAACAUUGCUGAAAAUGGCUUUAAACUUGAAAUAUAAGCAUUGUAUAAUACAGUAUACAACAACAACAUUAACUCAGUGCCUCAAAGCUUAUAUUUCAAGUUUCAAGUAAUUUCUAAAUAUCUUCGGGGUAAAUGUUUUUCAUCAACAGCCUGAUAAGGUCUGACUCGAUACCGCUUUUAUCUCCGUUUUAAUUAAUAGUUGUAUCUGUAUUUUAAAUAUGAGUUUUAAAAUGUUUGAAAUCUUGAUUUCUUUAUUUGUUUUGAUUGAAUUUCUCUCAGGAUGGAGCUCUUCAAUCCAGUGAUCUUGAUAAUAUGUUUUCAGUGGCACCAGAAAAUCCCUGGAAUGAAGCUCCAUACAAAGAUGCGGCUGAGAAGGAUGCUUUGGGAGGACUCUCACUUGAUGGGUUUAAAUCACUGUGGAAUCUCAUGACACUUCUUGAUCCAAUGGCUGCGGUGGAAAAUAUUAUAUACCUUGGAUAUGCAGGUGAUCCUUCAUCUGCUAUCNGUGUCACUCGAAGAAGGCGCUUAGAUCGGAAGAAGCAGCACUCAGAUGGAAAUGUGUACCAGUGUUUUGUUUUUGGGCCGAAAAAAGCAGGAAAAUCUGCAAUUUUGAAUUCCUUUGUUGGAAGGCCUUUCUCCGAGGAAUAUGAAUCAAAUGCUGAUGACAGAUACACAGUUAAUGCAGUCCGUCUGCCUGGGGUUGGUAGGAAAACUCUAGUCUUGCAUGAGGUUCCCAAUGAUGCUGUGCAAAAGCUUCUCUCUGCAAAAGAUGCUUUAGCUGCAUGUGACGUUGCAAUAUUUGUCCAUGACAGUUCUAGUGAGCCCUCAUGGAGGAGAGCAUCUGAACUGCUUGUAGAUGUUGCUAGUAACGGGGAGGCCACUGGCUAUGAGAUCCCUUGUCUCAUUGUGGCAGCUAAAGAUGAUCUUGACCCUUAUUUGACUGAAAUGCAAGACUCAACCAGGAUCUAUCAAAGUCGCUGCUCCAACGCUCCUUCCAUUGGAACUAGGAAGAGGAUUUCCGGUCAAGGAGAAGUUAAAGGGCUGUUCUCGGAGUUCUUAAUAGGCCGAACAAUGGAAUCUCUGCUGACCAAUUGACCAGUGAGCACAAUGCCUGUUCUCCAGUUGUUAGGGAAGAGCUCAGAUCUCGCCAUCCCGGAGAUGAAAAAAUUGUCGUCUUCAAAGACCAAGCUUGGCGUGUUAAAGGAAUCAUUCAGGUGAUGAGGUCCAUCGGAUCUUUCGUGGAGAUUUUUCAUAGCCUUAUUAGCAUCAGGUGCUCACCGAAUAAUAGAUUAAAUCAGGCUUGGGGUUGACGAUAGUUAAACUUUGAAGAUAAUAUGAGCGAUGAGCAGAUUCACUGAAGAUUUAAAACUCUGGGCCUGCAAAAGGUGGAAGGGCACCAUGGCGAGGAUAGUGGGUGGGCUUGGCUAAGUUUUUGACCAUUGCCCCAACAAAGGGAUCCUGAAAACAACUACAGGGGAGGUUGAAACAGCUAGGCAAAGCAAAGAGAGGCCACAGACUAAGGGCGGAGGAUAGCUCUGAGGGAGUGACAGCAGCUCAUCUUUAGAGUUCUUCCUUAUCUAUCCAUCAUCUAUCAAUUAG